UCCGAACGCUGUUUGACAUAAACCGUCGAGAAGCUUCGCCUGUGGCACUUUGCUUCUUGAAAAGGCGAGCUCAUAGACACGCAUCAUCUAUUCUGCUCAGUGCAGGGAGCGCGCGCCGUCUUCUCUUCUGAAGAGGCUGCGCGUAAACGGUGCCGUGCGUCACACGUACGCGCGCUGCAGUUUCUUUACAAUUACUGUUGUUAUAAUUACUGCUUCUGCUUGUUCGAAUCCUGGUGACUGCAAGGUUGAAGGACACCGGAAAAGGCUGCCUGUGCACGCAGCGGAUGCGGUGACACCCGCGGGUUCGAGUGCGCAAAGGCACCUGUGGAUGCGCCUGAUGUUUGGACUCAAACCUGCUGCAAAGAAACCGUUCACCGCAGCGUUUAGUAGAUAGCAGAUCAGACGACAUCGCACCAUGCUCCUGACUUUUUCCUCCGUGCUCGUGCCGCUGCUGAGCGCGAUCACGGGCUGCGGCUCGUCGUACGUGCCGUGCGAGCCGUGCGAUCAGAAGGCGCUGUCCAUGUGCCCGCCGGUGCCGCUGGGCUGUCAGCUGGUCAAGGAGCCGGGCUGCGGCUGCUGCCUGACGUGCGCGCUCGACGAGGGCCAACCGUGCGGCGUCUACACCGGGCCGUGCACGCGCGGGCUCCGGUGCCUGCCCAAGAACGGCGAGGAGAAGCCGCUGCACGCGCUCCUGCACGGCCGCGGCGUCUGCACGAACGAGAAGCUGUACAAACUGCUGCAGACGUCAAAAGGUAGGCCCGGGGAAUGCGCGAAUCAGCCUGCAGGGGGCGGCAGUGGUAAUUAACCACUUAUGAAUGAA